ACAGAGCUGUGACUGCUUCUGAACUUCUCCGCUCACUGCUCCUGGCCAGUUGCUUUCCUGCUGACAACUGGCAGACUGUGCAGGACUCUCCAGGGCUGCUCUCCACAAGCAACUUCCAUCCAAUUCCUAACUUUUUUUUUUGUAUUCUUCUCUGGAUUUUCCAAUCAUGGGGAUGGAUUCGAGGGGACCCUUGAUGGAAUAUAAAUGUGAGUGAGGAGGAUGCUGGCACUGGAAUACAGAAAAUCACUGAGUGGCACGAAACAAAGUUAUAGCCAGGAAAGCAAACAGGAUGGAAUGUGCAUGAAUAGGAAACAUUGUCUUCUUAUCUUUUAUACCUUAAUUUGCUCUGCUCCUGUCACUUUUGCACUUUUAUUCAGGGGUUCUGGUUUAUUUUCUCUUUUUGUAUAAAAAGUAUGCUGGAGUAAAACCAAGAGCAGGAAUUAAGUGGCUGAUUUGUAGUGUGCCUGGUAUCUGCUGUCAGCCUGUGAUCUGCAGGGGGAAGAGGGCUGGGCGCUGGAUGCUGCUGCUGCAAGGAAUCAACAAACCAACACCAGCAGCUGCUCUAACUCAUAAAGGCAACUUAACACACUCAGGACAGCACUUUCAUUAACCCAUAUGGUUAUCUGAAAAUGCACUGCUGAAUACAUUGUUUUAAAUCUUUUUUUUUUCUCCAUAAAAGUCAAUAUAUUGCAAAUUUAUUCAAAUUAUCUGCCACCCCUUGCUCCUCAGGUUGUAACUGGGAGGGGUGCCCGCUCUCCCCCUCUAGCCAUGUGGGUAGAGGUGUCCCCCCUGGCGCUACUAGCUGCUUCUUCUUUCUUCCUGUCGUUGCUGGCAGCUGCCCGGGGUAGCGGAGAGUACUGUCACGGCUGGCUGGACGCCCAGUCAGUAUGGAGGGACGGCUUCCAAUGCCCUGAGCGAUUCGAUGGGGACGAUGCAACCAUCUGCUGCGGGACUUGCGCCCUGCGCUACUGCUGCUCCAGCGCCGAAGCUAGGUUGGACCAGGGUGUGUGUAACAAUGACCGCCAGCAGGGGGAGCCCGAGCAUGGCCGACCGGACAAGGACAGCCAGGACUCAGCAGCAGUUCCCAUCUAUGUGCCUUUUUUGAUCGUUGGCUCUGUUUUUGUGGCUUUCAUCAUUGUGGGAUCGCUAGUAGCUAUUUGUUGCUGCCAUUGUCUGAGACCCAAGCAGGAGCCACAACAGAGUCGAGCACCUGGCAGUAACCGUCUCAUGGAAACCAUUCCUAUGAUUUCAAGUGCCAGCACUUCACGUGGGUCUUCUUCUCGUCAAUCAAGUACUGCGGCCAGCUCUAGCUCCAGUGCCAACUCAGGUGCAAGGGCACCUCCUACUAGGUCUCAAACCAAUUGCUGUUUGCCAGAAGGAGCCAUGAAUAAUGUCUACGUGAACAUGCCAGCCAAUUUUUCAAUGAUGAACUGCCAACAAGCUGCCCAACUUGUUUCACACCAAGGACAGUAUCUUCAUCCUCAGUUUGUAGGCUAUGCCGUACCUCAUGCCGUACCUCAUGACUCUGUACCAAUGACUCCAAUGCCACCUUAUUUAGAUGGACUGCAAAGUGGUUAUAGGCAAAUUCAGUCACCGUAUCCUCACAGUAACCCUGAACAGAUGUACCCAGCAGUGACUGUGUGAUAGAUGCCAUCUUCGUUCUCAUUAGUAUUGGAAACAUUGUAAUGUCAGCUGCUGAAUCUCAGCUAUGUGUAGCAAGGGGACAAGAAUGUUUGAGAGGAACAUUAUGUUUCAUUUGGACUAAAUAGGCUACAUACAACUAGCAACGGAAAUUUUGAGAGCACAAUGCAUGAGCCACAAUGACAAACAGUUUAAAUGAAUGUGCUUUUUUAGGAGACUUUUGUUUAAAAAGCCUGAGCCAUUAAUCCACUUGUUGCUUGAUGGAUCUUUAUAUCCUCAGUAAGGAGGAGGUUAACGUAUAAGGAUGAGGUUGAAGUAUAGCAGAUACAAUUUAUUUGUAUUCCUCAUCAAAGCAAGUGUGCAAAUAUCACUAACACCCACGUUUAACAUAGACAAUCAUGCAGACAAUCAAAAAUUGAAUUAGUGCAAUUUAAAGAGUUUUUCUGAGUCAAUUUAAUUUUUAUAACAUAUAGUCGUCAUACUAAGGAUUCAGAGAAACAAAAUAAAUGAAAAUGUACAUAAAAUGAAUAAUAUUAAAUACAAUAGAUGUGCCAUAAAUCAUAAACCUCAGAACAUAUUCAGAGCAGAAAUAUACCCAACUGAAUAAAAACAUUGCUUAAGUAACAUUUUUGGCUAUUGUUUAAAUAGCUACCUAUAUUAUGUUGACACUUUUAAGAAAAAAAAUAUAUUCUUAUAUCUUCAAUGCUGCAAAACUUUUUUUUUAGUAUAAUUAUUUCAUCCCAAAUAAAUGUCAUUAGUAAAUAAUAAAUAUAUAAUACAAAUUAAAAGGUGCAACACAAAAAUGUGUUAAAAAAAUAUCUAAUGUGACUGGAAGAAAAAGGGAUCUAAUAUUCUUAGUAACAUAAACUAUUUAUAUUAUCUAUUAAAAAGACUAUAAACUGUAGCUUCUAAUUAUAAAGGACUGCUCUCACAAUACCAUAGGACCACGGUGCAUCAAAGUAGGGAUUAUGUAUUUUUUUAAUAACAAGCACCAAGUGUCUCGACCAAAGUCAAUGAGAAGUGUCCAUAGCUCUCAAAACAUCCAUGAUUAUUUUUUUUACUUUAAAAAGUAAAUGCAGAAUCCUUAUGUUAACAAAGAGCUAAACAUGUAAAUAUGUUUAUCUUUUUUACAUUUUAAUUUGUUUUAAACCCAAUCCACUAUAUAAAGAAAUGGAACUAAAGAAUACGGAUAUGGGAAGUGAUAAGCAAACAUCUUGAAUAAAGGCUAAAAUGUACUAAUUCUAUGUGCUCUGUAGCAGAGGGUUUUUAAAAUAAAUUUGUCUAAUUUCCUAGUAUCAUGGAAGUUAUUGUCACAUCUAAAAUAACGUUUUCAAACCUUGCAAGCCGUGUGUCACUAAGAUGAGAGCUUUAGUUCCAACAGCAGAAACUUCUUGAACGUAGAGUUACAAAAAUCUAUGAAGCUCUUAUGUAUUUGUGAGUACUAUCCAUAGACUGAGCAGGAUUGGAGACAUUUCUUUCACUAGAAAGUUCUUACCUAACCUAAUGCAACCCACAGAUGACUUGGGGCUUGAUUCUCAAAAACUCGCUGGUGUGGAGAGAAAUCAUCAGCUUAUUUUACUAAGCCCUAUAUUGUAAAGUAAGUGUCUCUUCUUCACAUAAAGACUAUUAGCGAACUCCCCUUAAUUAAAUACCAAGUUCCCAAGGUAAAAAUUGCCCUUAAACAAUUCCUGAGGUGCCUUUAUAAUAUUAAUGAGGCCUCUUUUAGAAUGUUGCCAAACCACAGAGCUUUAGAGAAUUGGGCCCUUGGCCAUAGCUUUUUAACCUUUUGGACAACCGUCAGCUAGAUUAAUUAAAACAACAGACAUGCAUAUCUAGUGUUCUAUAUCAUUUGUCUAUUUUAUCCUAUGCAGUGUAUUCAUUUUAAUAGUUACUGCAAUGGUUUGCAAAUAUUUUAGUAUACUGAAAAGGUUAUUGCCAAAGGCAUUUUAAAAAGCAAUGGGGAAAGUAAAAUUUGCACUGCCUGUGUGUGUUUGUUAUGUGUUCCCCAAGGAGCUCCAGUGAUGUGCGGAAUGUCAGUUACUUGCUUUUCGAUACACAGCAGAGCUGCAUGAGAGCACUCUAUUUAUUUCCUAUUAGCCAGGUGGUACAGCAGCUGAUUGGCUGUAUUGCCUGUCAGUGGAAAAUUUAAAAAAACUACCAAUAGGAAGGUGCACACUUGGGGUAUGUAUUUAUGCACCCACAGGUGUGCAACAGGUACUUUCUCCAGUGCUUAUUUUUUUAAUGUGUGUUGGCAAUAACUCUAUCAGUAAAACAUUGUCAAACAAUUACACAAGUACUUUCCCUUUUUAUUUAUAUUCUUAUUGAAUUUAGGCAAUCGUUCUCAUCAGCUUCACUAGAUAACUCAAAAGAACUCUCCAGUGAAACAAAUCUCUUUAACAUGUAUGUUAUUCUAUGAAGCGUAUUCACUAAAUGUCGCAAGCUCCCUCACUCUUUAGUGAAUCAUUUGUCUAAGAUAUAGGUAUUGGAAGAGAACAAAGCUUACAAAGUGCUAGAUCAGGUUAGAAUGCACUUCUAUUUAAUGAUGCACCCUUAGGUUUUGAAAGUUUAAAAGCUUAUGGUUACCCAUGAUGCAUCUAUUUACAAACACUUUGGAGAAAGAGCAUGACUGUGAAACCCUUUAUUUCUCUUGAUAAUGGACCACUGUGCCCAAAAAUGAGUUUGGCUGCUACAGCGCAUAUAGAACGUUCCUCUUAGCGUGGUUAAAUUCCACCAAUCCAGAGGAUGCACUGUAUUCAUUGCACAUGCUAAGGACACUCAGCUCUGAUAUGUCAAAUUCAGGGGUAAAUCAUUUGUAUAUUGUUUACUGUAAGAAAAAAAAUGUAAAAAAAAAAAUAAGUUAAUUUUUUAAAAGUAAAAAGAUAUUUUGCAAUUGUGGGAAAAGAACAUUUUGAUUUAAAAGUGUGAAAGGUAGUGUUUUACACAUUUUAUAAGUGUAAUGUAUUAUAGUGUAAAAGAUUUGUCAAUGUUUGCCAUUGUUUCUGAUAUCCAAAAAAAAGGCACUUAUGUGAAAGUGCAGAAAAAUCUCCAUUCUUAAUAAAUGUUUUAUGGUGUGA